AACUAACACUCACGUUACUUAAAAAUUUGUGAUUUAAAACGUUUGUUCGACAUUUAAGAAUUGACACUAAUAUGAAUAAUGAACGGCCCAAGUAAAAUAACCGUCGAUUAUUCGUCCCUCGUCGGUUUAAAGGCCGAGGUUUUGCGAAAACAGCUUGAAGUCAAAGAAUUAAAAGCGAGGGGUCCAGUACAAAAUAUUCCAAGUCUACAAAAACCGAAAGUCAAGGUAAAAAAAACUCAUAAAGAGGAUGAAGGGUCGCCGAAAGUAACAGAAAUUGAAGACGUAAGUACUCUUAAAAAAUCACAGUUGAUGCUCGAAGCGAAGUCGAGACUAUAUGAUAAGUUACAAAAAUCUCGCAGUAAUGCGAGUGAUCUUUUUCUCGUUGACUUUUCCCAAAAACCUGAUACAGAAUCAAAAAAAUCUAAGAGCGAAGAUGACCUUGGAGACGAGGAUUAUGAUUCGGAUGACAAUUUUGUGGAAUACCAGGACUGUUUUGGAAGAACGCGGAAGUGUUUGAGAGAAGACCUUCCGAAAAUGCGAGAAAAGGAUCAUUUACUCAGACAGAAAAUUUCCAAAGAAACACCUGCAGAACCAGAACCGGAACCACAACCAGUAGUAGAACCAAAAAUGGAAGAACCUCUUCAGCCAACAGAGAUAGAACUAAUGAGAAAAAAGUGGGAGGAACAAACAAAAAAGCUCGCUAAUAAAGUCAAUAUUCACUAUCAGGAUGUUCUUUUUGACGAGGCUCGUGCUCAUGGUGUUGGAUAUUUCAAUUUUUCUUUGGACGAGGACGAGAGGCAGAAGCAACGGGAGAAUCUUGAUAAAUUGAGAAAAGAAACUGAGAAAAAGCAGAAGGAAAUCAAGGAGUUGAAGGAAACUAGGAAAAAGAUGGAGCAGAACCGUUUAAGGGUUGCGAGAAUUCGUCAAAGGAUUAGAGCAGGCUUGUCUCCGGAAUUGCCAGAAGACGAGGUUGAAGUUUCUAACAAUGCUGAAAAUUCGGGGGAAGUUAAGCCAGAAAUUUCGGAUGGGGAGAAGAAAAAACCUGAGGAGGAUAAGAAACCAGAAAAUAGUCUAGCGAUUAUUGAAGAUAAAGUGAAAGCUUUUGGGGAAUUAUUAGGUAAACGGACACAGUGGAGGGAAAUGUCUCAGGAAGAAUGGGUUGAUAAGAGAAGGAAGGACAGGUUAAGUGAAUUUGCACCAACUUAUAGUGGUUUCAAAAGUGCGGGUUGCAUCGAGUUUGGGAAUGCUGGAAUUACUGAAGAUAGGAGAGGAGAUUUUACAGAUUUGAAGACAAGUUCGCCGAUGGAUGAAGAUGAGAAAGAUGAUGAUUCUGAGGUAAUUGGACCUAUGCCGAUUUCCGUCCCUCUGUUAACUACAAAUCCACCACCUUCGAUUCCCGUGCCCUCUUCAUGGAAUGAAAACAAAUCUCUUUGGCACGAAAAAAGAUUUGAGUUAGAUGAUGAUAGUGACGAUUCUGAUAUCAUUGGACCAAUGCCUCCUGUAGAUUUUCCGGCGUUCAUACCUUUACCUCCAGAUCCUCCUCCCUCCACGAUUCCCUUGCCUCCGCCUCCAAAAGAAUCAAUUUCCCAGCAGCAAGUUUCUAGUGGUGAUUUGAAUUUGACCGUUAAAAGCAAUAUUGACACUGAUAGAAUUGCGGCGGGGCUUAGAUUUUUGAGAGAGAAAUUUGAGAAAGAGAAAAAGAAAGGGAGUUGAUUACGUAAAUUAAAUAUGCGUCUUUUUUAACGAGAUUGUAAUGUAUAUAGAAUGUAUCAGGUUAUUCUAGUGAGGAACAAUAAAUUCUCAAUUUACUUUUUGGAAA